UCUUCUCCUCGGAGCAACAAAAAUCUCUCACUUGGGCUCGCCCUACCUCGAAGGAACAGCUGGAAAAAAGUCAGCCGUCGCCAGUUCGCAACCCGCAGCUGCAUUUUCUUUUGCCUUUGUUUUGAUACUGGUAUUCGUUUGGUGGCUGCUCUGUUCCGGACGAUUUGCAGAAGUUGGAAAAGUUUAUAUUUAUGGAACUUUUUGAUGGAGAAAAUUUAAGAAUUUUGCUAAGAAGAUACGGUUUUUGCUAUAAUCUUUGCCACAGAAGCAUUGAUAAAUAUCGCUUGUCUAAAGAUGUAAAGAUUCAGAAAAUUCUGAUUAACAAUUUGACUUUAAUAGAUAGUUAUUAAGUGAAAACUGCAAGAACAAUCUGAAAAAUUAACUGUUUUCCCGUCAAGCCAUAAAAAUUAAAAUAUCGUCUGCCAAGAAUAGCUAUAAAACUUAAAAAUUAAGAAAUUGAUUGUGAAAACAGUAGGAGCAGCUUUCUGCUUUGGACAAAAGAAUUCAAGUAUUUGAAAAACAUUGAAACUGACAAAUAAGCAGUCGUUAUUUGCAUUGUUUGGACCGAAAUAAAAACUUAAUUUUUUACAUUCUUACAAAAAGGAAAGAAAUUUGAAUGGAGAACAUCUUUUAUAAAAGCUAUUUUUGAUUGAAGGUGGUUUUCUUGCUGAAUAUAUACCUUUAACUUCAAAAAAUUCUAAAUCAACAUGGGCAUGUUACCACAAGACAUUCUGGGGGCCGCCACAGGUGUGGGUUUGGCCCUCUUCAUUGCCCUCUCUGCCAUUAUCUGCAAAUAUUACUCCAGGACCCGCAAGGAGAGGAUGAUACUCUACUCUCCACCACGAAGACCCUCCCAGGAUAGACGCCAGAAACGCCUCAUGCACAUGCGCGAAGCCAGUGCCAUGGCAGCCCUCCCCCCACAGCAACAGAAUUUUAGUAUCUUCCGAGAACAGCCACAAAGAACUCAUCCAUCUCAACCGUAUUUAUCCUCGUCUUGCCCCACAACUUCCGGCAUGCCACCUGUCCGGCCGAGUGCCGUCACCCACUCUUCAGCAUGCCAGGACCAUGUAUAUGUCCGGCUGUCCUUACCCGAUGUUCACGUGGAGGACGAAAAAGUGUCGCAAUCACAAUCCAGCUACUCUCUACCCGCCGUCAGAAAAAGGUCUCCUGUGAACCGUGCUCGAUCCAUGGACGCCCGCGCGAUGGCGAGCCCCGUGCCCCGACUCUCAAUCUGCGCUCGGUGCGACAGUCAGUCUGGGGGACCCGGUUCGCCUUCCUUCCUCAGGACUCCGUCUCCGGAAAGCCAAUCCCCGGAUCCCGUCCUGAGGCCCGUCAGCCCCACCACGGGGGGGAUCAGGCCCAGGUCACUCAGCCCACUGCUAUCCCCAGCCUAUUCCCAGAAUUCGCAGAGUUCCAGAGACUCUAAGGACUCCGACUGUGGAGUCAGUCCGGGAUCUGCAAGUCCUUUAGGAUCUAUUCAGCCCGACCUGUACAAGAAAAAGGAUAUGGUAUUCUUCCACCAGUCAACAGACAGUCAAGAUGGUACAAAAUACGGUCGCCUCCACUUUCGCCUUAAAUAUGACUUCGAUAGAUCAGAUUUGGUAGUACACGUCAUUGAAGCCUUAGAUUUGGGAACUCUGUCGACAAAAGGUUUCAACGACCCUUACGUAAAAGUCUCCCUGAUCCCUGAGGUGGAUUCGAAGCAAAGGCGGACUGACAUCAGAAGGAAUUGCUCAGAUCCAUUUUUCAACGAGAUUUUUAAGUUUCCGGUCACCUACGACGAGCUGGCCGACAAGUCGCUUCUAUUUGAAGUAUUCGAUUACGACAGAUAUUCGAGGAAUGAUGUGACUGGAGAGGUGCGCAUACAGAUGUGCGAGUUGGAUAUUACUUCGGAAAUCGAAGUCUGGAGCGAAAUACAGAAGAGUGGAAGGGUGUCCAACGAUCGUCCAGAAAUUCUCCUAUCCCUCAGCUAUCUUCCUUCUGCUGGAAGAUUAACUUUGGUGGUCUUGAAAGCAGUCCAUCUUGUUUCACCAGAUACAAAAGACUAUCCAGAUGCUUACGUCAAAGUAAGCCUUACAUCUGGAGAUAACAAAAAGAUCAAAAAGAAGAAAACGACAACAAAAAAAGGCUGUAGCAGUCCAGUAUGGAACGAAGCCCUCAGUUUUGACGUCACUGAAGACGAUCUUAAACACUGCCACUUGGUGGUGAGUGUGGUAAAUUGUCACCACGGCCACAGUCCUUUACUAGGAACUUGUGUCCUGGGUCACAGAGGUCACGGACAAGGAUCUGUGCACUGGGAUGCCAUGGUGCAAACUCCGAGAAAGGCCAUUGCGAUGUGGCACCAACUUUAUAUUUGACAACCAGGCUGAAUGGUGGCACGGUUGUUAUUUGUCUGUUUACACUCGAUGUGUAAAUUAGAGCCACUGAGCUCUUUUGGUCAAGAUGUUUAUUCGGUUCGAGUCCUGCUUUGAUGUGAAAAUGUUCUUGUGUAUGAGCAAGAAAAGUGUUAAUGCAUUGUUGGAUUACAUCUCUGUGUUCUGCUGCGUGUACUUAAUGUACAGAUGGUUCUGCUUUCCGUAUUGUUCUCUUGUUUGUUUCUGUUCUUGUUCUUGAAUAUACCUAUUUCAAAACUAUAGCAUUUAAAAAAAAGGAAGAAAGCUCAUAUUAUUUGAAAACAAGAAAACCUAUUUCCAAAACUGAGCAAACUAUCACAUUUCUUAGUUUCCUCUGAUAUAACCAUGUAUUAAAUUUUCUAAGUAUUAACAGAUAGAAAUUUUCUAAAUAUAGUAUAGAAGUUCUUAAUGAUAGCUUGUAAAAUUGUUUUAUCAUAGAUAGUAUUUUGGUAGCGUUCAGAUUAAAUUUGUCGCUAUGCACUAUGAUAAACUAAUCACAUAACUUUUAGAUAAUUAUAUAACUUUUGAGAAUGUAUUUCAAAUCUAACAGAGGAACUAAACAGAUAAAUAAUUUGACAUUUAAGAAAUUUUUUUAAAGUUUUAA